AACAUAGACCGGCACGCACGCAGCCGUGAGCUCACCCAGACCCUAUAGCACACGGUGCUCGGCGCUGUCUUCGAAGGAUUUUGAAGCGGUCUCCGCCUCCUAACAGAAGACUGGUCCCGCGUGGACAUCUUGUGCUCUACGUGAGACGGCGACCCGGUACUUGUGUCCUUGGGUCAAAGUGAUCGCUUUAGGUAGUUUUAAGUUGUGUGUGCGUCACCUGCAGAGUAGUGGAGAUGUCGGAGAAACAAAAAUAGCCCCUGGGGACAGACCGCUGCAUUGCGGUGAUGCGACGCGUUUCGUCACAACCUUCCCUCCCAGUCUGAUAGACAAUCCUCUUAAGAGUUGGAAGGAUGGAUCGUCUGCGCGAGGCCACGGAGUGCCGAAGAACAACACAAAUGGAAGAAACGGGGGAGGAAUUUAUGUGAACGUGAACUGAAAGCAAAAAUUGAGGCGCAUUGAGCCUCCACAUUGCAAAAACAGUGAUGAAUAUCCUGGAAUGAUUAAGUAGCCAGGUGAAAAAACUUGAAGGUAGAAAUUUCCUCUGGAUAUUUGACCAUGGUGCUCCGGACAGGUGAUAACUAUAAAUGAAAAUCUGCUUGGGGCAGCAUCUCAUCCCUUUCCUGUAAUGAAGCCAAUCUUUUCCAGGAGAGAACCAUGACCUCACAUUUAAAGGUUUCCAACAGGGGUACCAACUCAAUGCCAAUACUGAUGUUAGAUCGCAGGAGCUUUUUGUGGUGUUUGCGGCGGCGGGUCAGAAGAGGAUGCAUGUGCAUGAGUCUGCUUUGCUUCAGUCUGGGUUUUCUCUAUGUCAUUUGUGCUGAAAAUGGGCCUUCUGCUACAGCAGUACUGUUCAGAACUCAUGGGCGCAGUAAAGCCCUCAAUUCUGCUUCCAGCUCACUUGAACACAAUGGAGUGGAAAAGAUCAUUCGCAUGGCUCAAGUAGGACAUACAAGAAAACCACCCCUGGCAGUGUCUGCAACACAGCUCUUGCCUCCCUUCAACAACAGCCAAAAAAACAACACAAAAAACACUGUCAUGCAUGACAAAGCUGUUGAGAAUAGAUCAGAUUAUCAUGGAAAAGCCAAGGGCAGUACUAUAAGCUCUUCUUUUCCACCUCCAGGAUCAUUUAUGAAGUUGCCCCACUUUCUUACACGCUUGUGGGACUUUUUUUGGAGUUGGAACAGUGAUAAGAAGCAGCAGAAGUCUGUAGUUGGAUCAUUUGGGUCUCGUUUCAGUUCAUGGAAGGUUUGGAAUGAAGACACAUCAGCCAGCAUGCUUAACAAGAGACUGAAGAAAGUGUUUCAGAACUACCAGGCCAUGAAUAAGUAUGGUGUCAAUUUUGAGAGCAAAAAGAGCAAGUCUGGAGUGCGCCAGAGUGGUAUGGCUCUUCUUUGUGAAUUGAAGGAAUAUGUGAGGGUGGAAAUGCUGACUCUGGAUUUGCAUCCUUUCUCUGGCUUCAACUGGAGCAACCUGCUGCCCAAACGCAAUUUGUCAGCAGAACUUGGUUCUCUCAAAACCUGUGCAGUAGUGUCUUCAGCUGGUUCUUUAAAGAGAUCUGGACUGGGCAAAGAAAUUGAUACCCAUGAUGCUGUGCUUCGAUUUAAUGCCGCUCCCAUCAAGGGCUAUGAAAAAGAUGUUGGGAUUAAGACAACAAUACGACUCAUUAACUCUCAGGUAAUGGCAUCAGAAGACCACAAAUUCCUUGAUAGCCCUCUUUAUAAUAGAGGCAUACUGGUAGCAUGGGACCCAUCACCAUACUCGGCGGACCUAACCCAGUGGUACAAUAAAACUGAUUACCCAAUCUUCAAGCAAUUUGUGAAGUAUCGCUUGAAGAAUCCUCAACAACCUUUCUAUAUCCUGCACCCUAAAACUGAAUGGCAGCUAUGGGAGAGGAUUCAGGAAAACAUGGCUGAACCCAUCCAGAAAAACCCCCCUUCCUCUGGCCUGCUGGGUACUGUGUUGAUGAUGGACCUGUGUGAUGAGGUGCAUCUUUACGAAUACCUUCCAUCAAAACGAAAGACUGAACUCUGUCAUUAUUACCAGCACUUUUUUGACUCUGCCUGUACCAUGGGUGCCUACCACCCACUACUGUACGAGAAAAACUUGGUGAAGAGGAUGAAUCAGGGCACAGAUGAGGAGAUCUACAACUAUGGGCGAGUCACUUUACCAGGUUUUAGUUCCCUCAACUGCAGCAAAGGGCAUCACUAAAAUCAUUCAGAGGAUGAUUAUCUAAACUGUAAUAAUGAAAAGAGACUGAGACCACUGUUAUUUACAACUGAAGCUCUGAUCCUUAUUGUGCAUCAUAUAUUGCAAAUUCUGACACUAUACUGUGCAAUUGAAAGAAGACAUCAUUACUAUUAUCCUAGUCCAGAGUGGAAGCUAUGCAGGCCAAGUGAAACUCUAUCAAGGUUCUUUAACAGUGGGUUUUCGGCGAUGGCAAUGGGCAGCGUUAAAAGGUAGCACAAUGCUUCCUACCUAUUUGUAACUUCGUUGUAUACACCAAAUAUGGACAUUUUGGAUGCUUUCAUCUGGUAUAUUUGGUUGAAUCCAUUUAUGACUCCAAGGAAAUGUCUUAUUCAGAAUGCUGAAGCUAUUGGCUUAGUAUUUUGUUAUUACUGUACUUAUUUUUUCAGAAUCUAAGCUGGAAAACAGUUAACAUCUUAGUAAAUGCCCAUGCCAAUUACAAUUUCCUGAAGAAAUAGAGGGAAGAAGCUUCACAGCGCAAUGUGAGAAUUGGUUAUGUGAUUGCGUGUCUAUAUAUAAUGUCUAUGCCUUUCUGCUAAUGAAAAUGUCCUCUCUGAUUUUUAGCAAAGGCCACCUUGUCUGCAUGUUGACAUACACUAUUGGAUUGAUAUUAUAACCUAGCUGCUAUUUCCUUAAAUCACUUCUGAUUUUCUGUUUCCAGCUGACAUUUCAAGCUAUAGUCAUUUGAAAAAGUGAGUACAUUCCAUUGAAAUUAUUGACAUAUAUGAACAGGAUAACAUUAGAUUUUACACAUGAAGGUGAUAUAUUUGAAUAAAAACACAAGGAAUUUAUUUCUACUGGGGAAAAAGUAAGUACACUCUUGGCAUCAGAAACUGGUAUUGUCCCUUUUAGCAUAAAUGACCCACCAUUCUGUGACAUUGAGUCUGCAAAAUAUUUUACCACUCCUCCAUGCAAAAUUCCAUCAGGUGCUAGAUGUUUGUGAGUUUUCUUGCAUGCACUUCCUUAUCCCAAUCUCCCCACAAUAUUUCAAUGAGAUUUAAAUAGGAGCUUUUCAUUUCUUGUUUUUGAUCCAUUCCUUGAUGGAUUUACUAGUGUGCUUAAGAUUAGUAUGCUGUUAUAAGGCCCAUUUCCAGCUCAAUUUCAGCCCUCGGACAGGUGGCUUCACUUUGUUAUUGUUCAGAAUUCAGAGUUGACUUGAUGAUGGCAUGGAACAAAGCAAUCUCAAACCACAACAUUUCCACCACCUUGCUAGUAUGGUGGUAUCACAGCUGGUAUGUGGUUCUUCUCCUGCUAUGGCCAAAUAACACUGUCUUUGAUUAUUCAAGAAGGCCUGGUGUUAACCUGUACAGUAUGUUCAAAGUCAAACUGUGGUGUUCUUUUUUAAACAGCAAAUGCCUUUUUCCUAACACAUAUCUCUUUCUAAUUGUAGAUGCAUGCACUCUGAACACAGCUUUUGUAGGAGUUACCUGCAGAUCCUACAAUGAAAUUUUGGGGAUACUGGAGGCAUUUUUUAGUAUGGGACAGUCAGCCCUAGGUCUGAAUUUGCUUGGCCAGCCAGUUCUGGGCAAAUUAGCAGUUUUUUUAAAUCUAUACCACUUUUCCUUAGAGUAGAUUGAUUUAUUUUAAAUAAUCUCUUUCCAGACUUAACGACAUUCACAGACUUCUUUCUGAGGGUUUUAAGGAGCUCUUUUAUUAAUCUUAGUAUCAUGACAUCACACACAUCAAAAGCAAAAGGACACUAGACCAUAGGUGUUUUCAGUUAAAAUAAGACAAGUCGCACCUGCAUACACUCUAAGGAACUCCAAAAGGUGGUUUUAAUUAUCAGCAUCUAAUGCGGGACACUUAAUUCUAUUUUUCUGGAUUUGAAGUGGUGAUAAAUGUAAGGGUGUACUUACUUCUUUCAUGUAACAAAUCAGAAUUUCUGUUAAUUUAGAUUAUGAGAAUGAAUACACCAUAUCAAUUUUAUGUGUCAUUUAUUACAAUAUAUGCCCUUUAUCUGUAGGCACUGUUUUGGCACUUUGUCACAUGACUGUACUCUGUGCAAUCUGUUCAUCCCAUUGCAGGUUUAUCCAUGUAGCACUUAAAGCUUGUAAGUAAGGCUGAAAAUGUGCCCUCUGUAUCAUUCCAUAGAUCUUCUCAUUCUGUCAGAAUAGCUUUCUUUGACCCUAAAGGGUGUGCAUGUAGCUGGCAUAUCUCUAGCUAGAUAUUCAGUGUCACCGAAUAAACCGAAUUCUUCAGUGCUACUAGCAUUGCACCCUCAGUCAGUAAGCAUGGUCUGUUACAGUUUGCAGGUCAUUCCACCAACCUUUUAGUACUGUUGAAAUGUACCACUAUUUCAUUCAUCUCAUUAACCAUACAGCAAAGCUGUAUUUUUUCCUGCACAGUAUUAUUAGCUAUAGCCAGCAUGCGAUAUCCCCAUUAUUCAUUAAAAGUGUCAUCGCAGCCCCCGAGCGUUUAUUGGAUACUAUCAUUAUGCACUGACCAUCAAUGCCAGGUUGUAAUACUUCUUUAGCCAGUGACCAAACAUCAUAUGUUACUUCCAAGUUAACAUAACAUUCCCAACUCUUCUUUGUUGUUAUUUGGGAUCAUGGGUGGCCAGAAUCUAUAACGUCACUAGGAUGCAACCCUGGAUUAAUAAUGUGCAAUUAGUCAGCAAAACCGCUAUUUUAACCCGACUGAUGUUAUAUGCAGUUAGUGCUGCACUCUCAUCAAAUAUUUUAUUGCCAAGAAGACAUUCAUAUUUUAUUAGCUUUAACCCAUAUGUUGCCUAUAAAACUUGAAUUGUUCCCACCCUUUUCGUUCAGUCACUGUAGCUGACUUAGCAUAUCACCACAUCAGCAGAGAGUUAGUUCAAUUAGCACUGCAUUAUCCUUGUGCCAUACUUAAACACUUGUGAAAAUCCUUACUUUUCAUCUUCUUCCAUUGCCACUUUUUAAAGCCUGUAUAACCUCAGGCCACUUGAUGCACCUAGCUCCAUUCCCACAUUGUUUGCUGUGCAGGUGCCAUUCCAUCUUCAUCCAAUUACUGCACAGCUAGUGCAGUCUGCAUUUGGGUUAUUUAACACUGACAUGCAAUCAGGAUGAAUUGUGUUUAUUCUGCAAACCAGCUGGUACCCCAAAUGUACCAGUAUCUGUGUAAAGUUAGUGCCAUGCAAAGAGACUUAUCUCGUGAUUGUUAGUAAUUACCUUAUGCCAGUGCUGUAUUAUAUGCUAUGUAUUUCAAAAAGAAAAGUGAUGUUUUAACUGCACUGUUUUGCAUUACAUUCUAUCUCACCUCGAAGUGCAUACAUUUAAACUCGAUGAUCCUGGCAUGCCUGGUCCAGUUUCUCAGAGGAUGGCCUUUGAUUGGACUUUGCCAGUGUGAAUAAUCCCCAAAGUUAAAGCAGGUACAUGUUGACAUUUGUCAUUACUGCUCUCUUACUGUAAGAAAAUAAGAUUUUAACUUGUUUGUUAUUUGCAGCAGUCACCAAGGUGAUUAUUGGAAGCUUGUGAUUAUUUGUUUUAAUUAAUUUAUUUGUGUAUUUAUUUAUUUAUUUCUCCCCUAUCAUGAGGUGUGGCCAGCCAAUGAAUGCAUUUAGUUUUAUUACAAUCAAAGAAAGAAUGUUGUACUGUAUGUGGGGAUCAGCUGGACUUCUGUAUUAUAAACAUGAAGAAAACUGUUUUGAAAUAUAUAAAUGUAAAACAGUUAAUAUUCUUUAGUAUAUUGUUUUCAUUUUAUUUCUUUAUAAAUCAAAACACUGUAAAUUUAGUGAUUUCAUUUAAUGGGUCAUGUUUACAGAGAUGAGAAAUACUCAAAUUAACCAUCUAGUGGCGCACAUAGGAACAGGAGCUGGUAGAGAGCACCAGCCUGGAAAUUGCACACACAAGUACGCCACUUGCAGCAUGUGAGUUGUCCCAUCUGAAUGGAGACUGGAGAUAACCUGAUGAUAUCCAUGAUACAAGGUAUCUGUGCAUUUUUGUAACCCACUGGUUUGCCUCUUAGGAAUGGCAUUAAGCCUGUGGUGUCACAGAGCAAUUUCUUUAACUGAAACACCUGCACACCUCAGCAUAUAAUAAAAAUGUUGUAUUCAACUGGUUGACAAAAUUUUAUUUUUUAAUGACAUGAAAAAAUACCAUAGGCUACAUGUUUACAUGCAAAGAAAAAUAUGCAUUGUCUUUUUAAGGUGUUUUGAUCAAAUAAACCAUUUUUUUUGUAAUUUA